AAUUUUUGUUGAAAUUUUUGGCUGCUAGUAUUCUCCGUUUGCUCCCCUCACUUCUUCAACCUUCAUCCUUUCUCUCUGGCUUUCAAUUCCCUCUAUUUCUCUUUUUCUCUCAAACCCUAAUCACAUUUCCAUGGUAGGAUCUAAUUCUUCUCGUCGCAUUUCUGUUCAUCAAGCCCUUGGCGGUGGUCACGUGGCUGAUGUGCUGUUAUGGAAGAAAUGGUGUGGUGGGGUUGUGAUGCUAACGUCUGCAACUGCUUUGUGGUACCUGUUUGAAAGAGCCGGUUACAACUUCUUAUCUUUUGUUGCCAAUGUUCUAUUGCUUCUUGUCAUCAUUCUUUUUUUCUGGGCCAAAUCUGCUUCCCUUCUCAAUAGACCUCUACCUCCGCUUCCUGAUCUGGAAAUUUCUGAGGAAUCUGUUUCAAUGGUUGCUAAUGAACUGCGAUUUUGGAUCAAUUUUGCACUUUCUAUAGCACGUGAUAUUGCAAUAGGCAGAAACCUUAAGCUCUUUCUUCAGGUUGCUCUUGCACUAUGGAUUGUGUCAUUCAUUGGCAGUUUCUUCAAUUUUCUUACACUGGUCUAUAUUGGGGUCCUUCUCAGUCUUUCAGCUCCUAUAGUGUAUGAUAAAUACCAAGAUCACAUCGAUGAAAAGUUGUGUGUAACACAUAGAUAUGCUCAGAUGCAAUACAGGAAGCUUGAUGAGAAUGUUUUAAGGAAGAUACCAUUACCCUUAAAUAAGGAGAAGAAGAUGCAAUAGGCAUGGUACCUCGUUUUAUGAUUGGUAGCCAAAAGAAUAUGAAGAGGCACAUUGGCUGGCUUUCAAAAGGAUGAUGAGUAGAUCUGAAGGUUUUGAUCAGAGGCAUUAAGAUUGCUUUUAUAAGCGAUGUACUUCAGAAUUCUAGAUCUUUUAGAAAGCUGUGGUAUAUAGUUUAACAGAAAUGUAUUCUGACUUCAUCUUUGGGGUGAAAACUGAAAUCAAUAGUGUUUGAUUUUGGAUUGAAUAGUGUCUUGGUUAUCCUGGUUUCCCACUCUGGGUUUGUAAUUUUUUUUUUUUUUUUUGGCAAUUAUCCUUGUUAUUUGAACUAAAUGACAAUAAAAUUUCAUAGAUUAGAACCUUUCUUUAA